CCGUGCCGUGCUUGACGUGAUCGGAAAUCGGAAUGAAAUCGGGUGCCCUUACUCACCUGUCGUCUGGUGGGAGUGCAAAGCCCCCUCCCCCCUGGCUUCUGCAUCAUCGCCCGCCUCUUGAUUGAACGAGCCUGGCCGUCGUCUGGGUCUAGUCGUCAAGGUGAACCUGCUGACUUGCAGGGUCUCGCCGUCCAAGUCGCAAUCGCGGACUUUUCUAGUACUACCUCCAUGGCCUUCUCGCCCUCUCCAAGCGCCUAUAUAGUCGCCACCUCGGCACUGCCGACGAUCACAGCCAACACGACACUAGUUCACUCCCUCCUACGCUCUCAUCUCCAAGAAAAGAGCACGCUAGGCAGCUGACAACCUUGCGACGAUCUAGCUAGCAUUAGCAACAUGUGCGGCGGCGCGAUCCUCGCAGAGCUCAUACCCAGCGCGCCGGCGCGGCGCGUCGUCACGCCGGGCCACGCGAGCGGCGGCGGCGGCGGCGAUGACGACUUCGAGGCCGCGUUCCGGGACUUCGACGAGGACUCCGACGAAGGCGCGGUCAUGAAGGAGGAGCGUCAGAAGCGCAAGGCGUUCGGGUUCGCGGUCCCCGCGACCGCGCCCGGAACCCGGCGCAGGCGGCGGCCGCCCAGCAGCAGCCAGUACCACGGCGUCCGGCGCCGGCCGUGGGGCAAGUGGGCGGCCGAGGUGCGCGACCCCGUCAGGGGCGUCCGCGUCUGGCUCGGCACCUUCGCCACCGCCGAGGCCGCGGCGCGCGCCUACGACCACGCCGCGCGCGACCUCCGCGGCGCCAACGCCAAGCUCAACUUCCCGUCCAAGCGCCGCUCCGCUGCCGCCAAUGCGGGCCCGCGCGUCGUAGACCUCGUGGACGAGGACGACGGCGCUCUCGGCGCGCGCGCGCUGUCCGUCGAGAACGAGACCGAAGGCAGCGGCGGCGGCGGCGGCGCCGUGCCGGACUUCUCGUGGCAGGGCUUGUCCGCGACCGACGACAGCGCGGUGGUCGAGCUCGGCGGCGCCAAGAAGCGCGCCCGGACGGAGCCAGAGCCCCAAGAAGUGGCGCAGGCGCCGCCGUCUGAUGAUUCAGCCGACAUGCUGUUCGACGCUUUCAUGUUCGGCGACCAGUUCAGCUUGUUCAACGGCGGCGGCGUGUACGACGAGCCUGCCGCGACUGCGAUGGACGGCUUGUUGGGCGGCGACGCCGUGCUGUGCAACGACAGCGUGGGGCUCUGGAGCUUCGACGACAGCGUGUGUUAUUACUAGGCCGGCCGGCUUUCCUUCUUCUUCGUCGCCCUUGUUGUUUCCCUGUAAAAAUGGACUUUGGCUGUCUGGUUGACAACCAAAACCUCAUGCCAAAGGUUUCAGCGUGUCACAGUUUCUUCGAAAUGCAAAGCCGUUAUGACUUAUGAGAUCA